UCCCGCCCCGGACUGGCUGCUCUCCGGUUCCUUUACUUAAACAAUCAGCCACUGACCUUUCAGGAUUUUUAAUUUUUUUGGUGCCUUUUUUCAUUGUUGCUUAUUUUUAUUGGAUUUCCUUCGGUCCCUGGAUGGAGCCAUCCCCGCAGGAUUCAGUGACUGACGCGGGAAGGAGUCGCUGUCAGACCGCUACAGCAGCCACGGAGACCCCGCACGCUGCGCCGGAGAGGACGCACAGCCGCUCCGGAUCCUCCGGGUCCAGUCAAGGCAGAGGUUUGUUGGCAGCUGUGAAGAAGACGCACUCUUCUCAGAUUGAAAUCAUCCCCUGUAAGAUCUGUGGAGAUAAAUCCUCAGGGAUCCACUAUGGUGUGAUUACCUGCGAGGGCUGUAAGGGUUUCUUCAGGCGGAGUCAGCAGAGUAACGCCACCUACUCAUGUCCCCGGCAGAAAAACUGUCAGAUUGACCGAACGAGCCGAAAUCGCUGCCAGCACUGUCGUCUGCAGAAAUGCCUGGCUGUAGGCAUGUCCAGAGACGCUGUAAAGUUCGGCCGGAUGUCUAAAAAGCAGCGGGACAGUUUAUAUGCUGAGGUUCAAAAGCACCGCCUCCAACAGCAGCAGCAGCAGGUUCCUCUCCGAACCCCGCCCAGCGUUGGCAGCCCGAGUCCCGACGAGGCAGAGUCUCUGUCCCCACAGUACAACCUGUGCUCCACGGGCCUCACGGAGCUUUCAGAUGACCUGGGAUGCUACAUGGAAAGAAGCUCACCUGAUGGAGAAUCUUUGACGUCCAAAGCAGAGUCAGGUGGAGGAGACGGAGGACGGGGGGGUCUUUACCUGGAUAUUCAGCCGUCUCCGGAUCAGUCUGGCCUGGAUGUCAAUGGAAUCAAACCGGAGCCGCUGUGGGACUACGGACACAGUGACGAGUUCUUCCCGUAUUGUUCCUUCAGCAACGGAGAUGCAUCUCCAACAGCAACCACGGCUGCUCAUGAUCACUUGGCUCAAAUCAUCUCGAAGUCUCACUUGGAGACGUGUCAGUACCUGAGGGAGGAGCUGCAGGAGAUGAGCUGUUUCCUGCAGGAAGAGGUGGAAAAGUUUCAAAAUAAGCCUCAGGAGGCGAUGUGGCAGCUCUGUGCAGUCAAGAUCACAGACGCCAUACAAUAUGUGGUGGAGUUUGCAAAGCGAAUUGACGGCUUCAUGAAUCUCUGCCAGAAUGACCAGAUUGUUCUGCUGAAAGCUGGUUCUCUAGAGGUCAUCCUCGUACGAAUGUGUCGGGUUUUUGACCCUCAGAACAACACUGUCUACUUUGAUGGGAAAUUUGCCGGCCCUGACGUAUUCAAAUCAUUAGGAUGCGAUGACUUGAUCGCGUCUGUGUUUGAUUUCGCUAAGAGCAUGUGUUCGCUGCACCUGGAAGAGGAAGAGAUCGCCCUUUUCUCUGCAUCUGUUCUGCUCUCCGCAGACAGGUCGUGGCUGCGGGACAAGCUGCAGGUGGAGAGGCUUCAGCAGAAGACAGAGUCUGCUCUGCAGCACGUUCUGCAGAAAAACCACAGAGACGAUGGACUGUUUGAGAAGCUCAGGACUAAGGUGUCGGCGCUGCGUUCUCUGUGCGCUCUGCAUUCGCAGAAACUGUCUGCAUUCCGAGCCGUUUACCCCGACACGGUCCGAACGCUCUUCCCUCCUCUCUAUAAGGAGCUGUUCGCCGCCGACCUGGACGGGACGCCGCCCGCCGCAGACUGACCCCAGAUGUCUGAACUCGCCACGCCAUGAACCCAUGUGGAUCCGGUGAGGCGUCUGAAACCAGACGUUCUUCAGCGUCACCUUUUUUCUUCAGUUGUUGCACUAUUGCACUGGACUCUGCACUGAUACAGGAACGGUAACCAGGGGUUACAUGGAAGCGCAUGGACUUCCUGCAGCUCUGCUGCUCGGUCUGUAUUUUUAAUGAACUCACAACUAACUGAGCAAUACAUGUCAAAGACCAUCGUUGUCAUUCAUCGCAUUUUCUAAAAUGCUUAAUUUCUACAACUUGAGACUUUUAUACAGUAAAGAAGACGCAGUUUAUAUGUAAAUAUUGUUUAGUUGUUUAGUCAUCCUCUACUUUAAUGACUCCGAGAAGAAAGAAGUUUCACACUGAUGUUCAGAGGAGCUUAAUUUGAGUCAGUUUUUAUCAGCUGAGAUUUAUUGUUAUCAUAAAACACCUGAUAAGUUUCCCUGGGAAAUGUUAGAGAUCACUUCACAUAAUGCAUGUUCAGUUAGACGUAAAUCUAAGCCAAAAACGACACCUAACUUUUUUUUUUUUUUUUUGCUGCUGGACGUCCUGACUUAGUGAAGCUGAGUUAAUCAAGAUGUUUCAUUCAAAGGAUGAAUAACAGUCCCUAUGCCGUCUCUUUGUUGGUUUAUUAAACCACACAGGAAGGUGUGGUCAUCCAGGGUCUCAUCAGCGCUCCUUGCAGCCGUAGCAUCUAAACAGCAG